CGGCAGAUUAUAAUUGUCAGUGCAGUGGGAUUUUCCGGAUAUUUGUGGGGUUGGUGCUUUUUCUGGCGCAUUACUGUUGAGAGAAUUGGUGAUCCGCAUAAUGGAAAGUAAUAAUUUGGAGCAUCACAAACGGUUCGAAUAUUGCCACAAUAGAUUACAGUACAGAAGCAGUAAAGUUCCCACAGCUGUGAAGGUAUAUACAAUUGCCAACGAAUCGUGCAAUUUAUUAAUAUUUGGUGUUCCGAAAAUCAACCUACAAAAUGAAUUAAAACGUAGCCUUGAGAAAUAUGGGCCUUUGGAAUCUCUGGAGAUGAUAACGCAGUCAUUUGUUCGGAAUGCAGCCAAAACAAAUUUUGAAGUUGAGCAAUUCACCGAUGUAUACCAUGCGAAAUUCCGAAAAAUAGAACAUGCCAGGCGUGCUAAGAAAUUUUUCGAUGCUCGCAAUUUCUAUGGUGGCAUCAUUCAUAUCUCAUAUGCUCCAGAAUUUGAGGCUAACGAUGAUAUAAGACGGAAAUUUUCGCAACGCAAGAAAGAGGUCCAAUAUCGUUUAAAAGUGAAUUCGAAACAAAAUGAGUCUGAAAAAUCUGAGGAAUGUGAACAAAACGCAAAAAUAAUGAAAUUAGACUUAUGAUUGAUGUUGAAUAUUUAUAUGU